CACACUUAACAAAUUCCUAUUAACCAUGUUCAACUCAGCUUCAAUAGCAGUGGUAGAAUCGAUACCGGAAUCCGUUUGGAUCGUUAUUUUGGCUACUCUACUAUGUGCUGCAGUUUGCCUCUAUGCAUGGUGGGGUAGGGACCUACUCAGAGCAAUCGCUGGCCAACAGUCUGCUAAUAAAGGUAUUAACAAGAAGCUCGUUGAGGGGCUUCCAAAGUUCACAUACGAUUCGGCUAAGGAAGACAAAAGCCAAAAGCUUUCCUCCAGCGACUGCGCGAUUUGUUUGGAGGAGUACGCAGAUGGAGAUGAGAUACGAGUUCUGCCACAGUGUGGACACGGAUAUCACAUCGAAUGUAUCGAUAAGUGGCUUGGAUCGCACUCGUCUUGUCCCUCGUGUAGGCAGAUUUUGGUGAUCACAUGUAAAAAGUGCUGUGAGUUUCCGACGGUUUCGACGGUGGCGGAACAUGAGGGUAGGCAAUGCAAUGAUAGUUCUGGACAUGAUAGUUUAGUUUAGUUAAUUGGAAAUGAACAUGAAGGUAGGCAACAUAAUUAUUUCAGUGAAUUUUUUAGGACUCCUAUU